CAUGAAGCCGGGUGUGUUCUCUCUGUCCAUAUUGAUGAUGAGCUUAAAAUGCCCUUUCUUUAAAUCACACCAAUAACAGAUUUGUCAUUUUCCCCCCUUGCUUUUUUUCCUGGUUGUGAAGAAACUAUGUAACCAAAUUGAAGGCUGCGCUCUAGAUAACAAAUAUUAGAAUAAAAGAAGCGCUUUUAUUUCCCAUAUGACAAAAUGUCUGUGGCGUUUUCAUCGGCGCGUCCCGGGAGUAAAGGGGAGAUGACACCGCAAACCAUCCAAAAGAUGUUGGAUGAAAAUCAUCAUUUAAUACAAUGUAUUAUGGAUUACCAAAGCAAAGGCAAGACAGCUGAGUGUGCACAGUAUCAGCAGAUCCUGCACAGGAAUCUUGUUUACUUGGCCACAAUAGCUGAUUCUAAUCAGAACAUGCAGUCACUACUACCGGCUCCUCCUAGUUCCAAUAUGUCCACGGAUCCUGGAAGAAUGAGCCAGAGUGGAAGAAAUACUCCAAGUAACCUUAAUGACAUAGUGGGACCAGGACUUCCUUCCACAUCCAUGAUGCAGAGCCAAAUGAGCAAUGGCCCCAGCCAUGCCCCCAUGCAGUCAGGUCACAUGCAGACGGCUAUUCCCUCCACCAGCAGCUACAGUAGCUCGGGAUCCGGCUACAGCCAUGCCACGCCUUCCUCUCAGGGUAGUCUGACCCAGGGCUCCGGGCCUGGUUAUGGUUCUUCCUCCUCCUCUUCCUCCACGCCAUCAUCUUCCUCCUCCUCCCGCAGCAACCUCAACAUGCAGUCGAGCCAAGUCUCCAUGAUGCACCAACAAUCUGCUCCUCCACACUACUCCUCAGCCCAUUCAGGGGGGCAACACUAUCAGGGACAACAGGCAAUGGGUAUGAUGGGACAGGCCAGUCAAGGAAAUAGCAUGCCGCAGAGGCCCAUGGGAUCUUACCGCUCCUCUCAGCAAGGACCUGCACAACACUACAUGGGACAAGACGAGUUCUACGGAGAGCAGUAUGGACACACUCAGAGCUCCACCGAGCCCAUAAACCAGCAGUAUUACACUGAUGGUCUUGGGGAAUACUCAUAUCAGCAGUCUUCAUAUGGUGAGCAAGGCUAUGACAGGUCGUUUGAUGAGUCUUCACCUCAUUACUAUGAAGGAGGUAACUCUCAGUACAGCCAACAACAGGCCUCAUAUCAACAGAGCUCUGGCCAGCAGCCGUCUUUUAGCCAACAGCAGUACUCCUCUCAGCAGGGCUACAGCAGGCAGCCACAUGGAUAUGGUCCAAGCCAAGGAGGAUCAAUCCAAUUUUCCCAGUAUCCGCAGAGUCAGAGCCAGCAAUAUGGAAACUAUCGCUCUUCCCAAGGAGGCCCCGGAGCACAAACUCAAAGGCCCUACACCUAUGAACAGGGCCAAUAUGGAAACUAUUAGCAAUAAGGCAACACACUGUUUUGCUCUAUAAGGAACAUCUACCAUUAUAUGCUUCAACAAUAAUCUCCUCAUCGUAUGGAAAGGAAGAUCUUUCUGAACCAGAUUUAUUAUCUUCAAAGAAAUCAGCAUUCCGACCAAGAUUAGAUCAUUUGAUAAAUGUGAUGCUUCCAUUCAUGCUAUGUUGAUUUUACGGGUAAAAGAAAAGUAACUUGUGAUUUUUGAGAACUCAUGAAACCUACAAAAUUGGGAGAGUAAAAAAAAAAAAGUAGAUCCAUUAGACAGCUAAACAAAGAAGAAAAGCAGUAUUAGAAAUGUGUCAUUCCUUAUUUAUUUUUUUAUAUAUAAUUUUCCCUUUCACAGGCCUGCAUUUUUUCCUUUUGGUGCUUAUAUUGUUUGUGAAGCCAUUUCAUUUUAUCUUAUGCACCGAGAAGGCCUUGAAAUGGAAGGCCAUAAAAGCAAAUAUAGCCUUCAAGGAAAUGUUCUUUUUAUUAUUAAAGUGGGGGCUUUUGAUUCGAGGAAAGGGAAUUUAAUUUUCAUGAAGAUGAGUUAUUGUUUGAAAUCAGGGGUUUGUCUGCGUUAUUCAAACUGUCAUGUGUUACUGUGAGCAGAUUAGAUGCAUUCGCUUUCUACUUAUGUCAUAGACCCAAUAGGUAGCUCACUGAUUCAGAUAUAUGAGUGUGCAUUUUCCAUUAUAAGCUUUGUGGUGGUGUUGUUCAGUACCAUAUUUUAGUGGCAUCACUCUGCUUGGACAUAUUGUUGAGAUGGACCAAGAAAUCAGCUGUUGUUCAGAGUUUGAUUAUUGUUAGCUUAAUGGGCAUAGAUGAUGACAGACGAGCCAGAAACUCAAAAAUCUAAUUUAUUUUACUGAUCAGUGAAUGCACCAUAUUAGGUUGCUGCUAACACCACCCAUGGUGUGAAUGAUGUUACAAGGAGGGGGUUAACCCCAGAGGUAGCUAUUUUCAGUAUCAAGAAGUUGUUCAAAAAUACAUUUUGAUUAAGCACUGAGAUGUUAUGAGUUUUAAAGUAAACUGUAUUUUCUAAGAGAUGGCAAAACAUGUUUGUGACUCAUGCGGCAAGUGACCGAGAAAAGGUGAGACUAAUAAACAGAAAACAGGAAGGCUGAAUAAUUUACAGGAAACAUGCUCUCUGUUGAUUUUUUUGGGAUUUCCACCUCUACCUAUUAUGAAAUAUGCUGGAUUUAAAGAUGUCAGAAGCCAUUUGGAAAACCUUUAGUUAAUGUAAGGAUCUACAUUUUCUAGAAUAUACACACAGAGGCUACUUUUAUAGUAAUUGCAGCCAGGCUCACCAGGCUAAUCUCUAAUAUAACACUGUAAAGACAGUUUAAGUUGUCUUCUUUGUAAUCUUGUUGUGUUUUUUUUUUUUUUUUAGUUUUAAAUGCUGUAGCUCUAUCUUGUUUUGUUACAGUUCUUAUAUAGAAAUCUUAAUUUAUUAAGACUGGCAGAUCAUUGGCAGGUCAAAGCUUUACAAAAGCCAGACACCAGAAUUUGGCCCUAAAUUCUGAUUGGUCCAUGUCUAGUUCUACACAGAAUUAAGGGGAUGCCAUUCAGUGCUUAGUUUUCAAAGGGGUUUGUUACUUUGUCUGCACUUUACUUUGUAACGACAGUAAACGUAUUGUCUAAUAUUUUGUAAUGUAGCAUGAUUCAGUUUGGUUUUUGUUCACAAGUGAUCCUCAAAAAGCCAAAGUAACCCAAGAACCGAACAGUAAUAUGACCUGCAUCUUUUCUUCAGUAAGUGCAAUAGACUCAGUUGUGUUAUACAUGGUUCAAAUGCUGAAUUUGCUAUUCCUUUUAGUUUUACUUGAUGUACAGUAAUGGCCAAAGGGACUUUCUCAUCUUAUUCAUCUGUUGUUUCGCAAUUCUGUGGUACAACUGGUGUGGUAUUUAAGAACAUUUUCAUAAUUUGUGUGAUCCAUCCAUCCAUCCAUCCAUCCAUCCAUCCAUCCAUCCAUCCAUCCAUCCAUCCAUCCAUCCAUCCAUCCAUCCCUCUUUAAACAAACACCUCAAACUUAUUGUUUCAGUGACAACUAUUUUACGAUUGAUCUGUAAUAUUGAAUAUUUACUGAUGUGGUUGUUAAGGGUCCAACUCUGCAGUAUUCUGUUAAAACUUAACUUACCUCAGACAGCAGACAAACAAAACAGUUGCAGUGGUUUUGCAGUUCUAAUCACAAAGCUGGCUGUCAGACAGUCAAUAACUAUGAACCAUUCAACACUGACAAUCACUGGCUCCUCUGUAGUGUAAUAAAUUGGUAUCUGUGUUUCAUGUUACUGUGAAUGGAACAUUUAUGAUGAUUCUUUGCCACAUCUGUGUUGUGUAUCUUCACUUGUGACCGUAAUGCGACAUGCAAAUUUGUGUGUGUGUGUGUGUGUGUGUUGGCUGAGUGUGUUUGCAGAUACAAUGAGUUUGCAGAAAGACAGAGUCCAAUUGUACAUGUGUUGUUCAAAUCUGAAUGUCCUUCACCUGUCUGUUGUAAGACUGUGUUGCCUGAUGUUUUUAUGCUUAUGUCUUUUGUUACUAUUUGGUAAAGAAAAUAAACUGAUAUUAACAUUUUUCA